UUGAUCCCCUUUCUGAUCCAACCGCCAUGUCCGCAGAAACGUUGCCCAAAUUUGACCUGGCUUUUGCUCUGCCGUCGUUGGAUCAAGGCUUAGUGACAUGGUGGAAUGAUAUGUUUUCAAAUCCCGACCAGCCUUUGUCGCCGACGACUAGUCAUCGAACGAUCAUGCGGAGAAGCUCGAGCACGGACUCUUUAAAGAAGACUGUGAGGUUCAGUUUGGAAGUGUCUUCGUCGGAACCUGAUUUGACCACAAUGAGGCGGGAGAGCACGGACAGGCGUUUAUCAAGACCUCAAACUUGGGCCAAUAGAAAGCAGAAAAAAUGAAGUCGAUCGCGCAAGCAGACUUCACUUGUUAGAAAUCAAAUCAAGUUUUAAGGUAGGUCACCUGCACCUCUUAAGACACAUUUAUUCUUUUUAUUUCUUGGAAACAUGUUCAUGCAAGGUUCAAAAUAAAGAAUCAACCUCUCUG